AUGGAGAAGUUCCUUGUGGGCACCCUACUCCUCACCAUCCUUUCAGAAGGUCUGACACAAUCAGACAUGAGAGGAAAGGUGUUCAUUUUCCCUCAAGAAUCAGCUACUGCCUACGUGUCCCUGAGCCCCCAGGUGAGGAAGCCACUACAGAACUUCACGCUGUGUCUGAAGGCCUUCACAGACCUCACCCGCCCUUUCAGCCUCUUCUCCUACAGUACUCCAUCCCAGGACAAUGAACUGCUUCUUUUUGUGAACAAAGUAGGAGAGUACAUGCUGUAUAUUGGGAAUGUGGCGGUCACUUUCAAGGGCCCCCAGACUCCAUAUGCUCCCAUCCAUGUCUGUGUGACCUGGGAGUCAGCCUCUGGGAUUGCUGAGUUCUGGAUGGAUGGGAAGCCCAUGGGGAGAAAGGGUUUGAGGAAAGGGUACUCUGUGGGGGCCCAGUCAAAGAUUAUCCUGGGACAAGAACAGGAUUCCUUUGGGGGACGUUUUGAUGCAAAACAAUCCCUUGUUGGGGAGAUAUGGGACGUAUACUUGUGGGACCAUGUGCUCCCCCCAAAGGAGAUGAGUGAUUGGUGUUACAGUAGCAACCUCCUGAAUUGGCAGGCCCUAAUUCACAAAGAAUACGGUUAUGUGGUGACUAAACCCAAGUUGUGGGCUUAA